CUUUUCGCAGCGCUGAAACAACCAGUUCAAAGAGGACAGCCAGCUGCUGCUGCUGCUGCUGCUGCUGCUUGGACUGCUGUACAAUCAUCGCCAACGCGUACAUCUGCCAGCUGCGAUUCCCGGGACCACCGAGUAUACGCCCUUUGGAACAUACCUCGAUAAUAAUAAUAACAUUAACUAAAAAUUGAGCCUCGGGCGCCUCCUUUGGAUGCUUUUAUCACAUCACUUUGGUGCCGUUCAAACUCACUUUUUGGCGACAUCUCGUCGUCGUCGAUACACUGGGUGCAGCGACGACCGCUCUUCUUGAAGUGCUGGCGUCUUGUGAAGUGGAGAAGGGGCGAGGCUAAUUUCCCCUCGCCGUCUCCACACACCACUCGACGCCAUGAAGCGCUUGUUCAAGAGCAAACCAGGGAUCGAUCCUCUCCCACCACCGCCUCCUUCUCCACCGCCUACUAAUCAUUAUUCGAGUCCACCACCGCCGCCUCUUCAACCGUCUCAACAACCUUCACUGGCAACAGCCCCGCCACAAUCCAAUCAUGCCCCCAAACGAUCCAUUGGAAAUCCGUUCUUACCGGAUAGGGAUGGUCAUCAUAUGAUAAACCAUGGCUUCCUCGAUUCGCGACCGAAACAUGGUGUGACCCCAUUCCCGGUCGACUUGGGUACCAACCGUCCAACUGGGAAAGGCAAAGACAGAUCCAUGCCGAAUUCGCAUACCGCUCCAUCCUUGCUGGAGAUCCAACAGAUGCAAGCCCAUGCUCAGGAGCAGGAACGAGAUUCUCGUCGAGAUCAAUGGCUCGCAUCUCAACGCAUAUCUCCGCAAGAGGAAGGAUCAUGGGUCGGAUCUCCUCCGCAAGGUCUAUACUUGCCUCCAGGUGCCAGACCUCCAUCACCUCAACAACAUACACUCCCUAGAUCUUCCACUCCCACUCGACCUUAUGCUCCGUCUCAAUCCUCAUACUCGACCUCUCACGGUCAACAUGGUGUUGAGCCCAUGGAGCAAUUCCAAUCUCCGAACACGAGAAAUAGAGAUAGAGGGUAUUCUGCGGGGUCAAACUCGCAACGAUCAGAUCAUGAACACGCUAAUUAUCCUGCUCCGCCUCCCGUGAUGCGCUCUCCCCUCGCCAACAAUGCCUACAGCUCCCCCGAGAUGACCGACGCGCCCUUUCCCCAGGCACAUCCGUUCUCUCCUCCUUUUGCUCAAGCGCCUUUGGAGGAACAGAUUGCGUCGAUACGGAUCGAGGCGCCUACACCCGAUGAGGUCCAUGGCAAGGAGAAGAAAAAGUUCUGGGGCAUGUCCAAUCUUUGGGAGAGGGAGCGCAAGGAUAGAAGUCGGCCCAUGACGCCGGAUGAAGGGUCGAGAUUCGUGGAAAACUUUCAGGAUGCUCCCAGCUCUCACGGUCAUGACGAGCAUCGCUCAAGGGGAAUGCUAUUUGGCCGAGUAGGAGGAGGCGGUGACAAGGAUACGACCAUCUCCACAGCGGACAAUGUCACGACCGCUAUCCAAAUGCUAUGCUCUCACCCCGAUCCUCCCUUUUCCACCUCGUUUGAGAUUUGCGAGCGGAUCAAUCAUUCGACUCAAACGGACAGUGUUUCCAAAGAAGCAGCUCACGCCCUGCGCAAGCAAUUCAAACAUGGGAACGAAGCGGAACGUAGAGCUGCUACCCAUCUUUGGUUGAUCAUGAUGCAAAAUACGAACAAGGCCUUUCAAACGUACGCUUCGAGCAAAAAGUUCCUCGUUCCUCUUGAUACCAUCCUCAUGUCACCUCCCAACAAACCACUCGUCUCACUUUCCACCCGCAAAGUCAUGACCGACGUGAUUGCCGAUUUGACCUACAAUUAUGGUCAGAAUAGUGAGGCGCUAGUCGAGUUAUGGAAGAAGGUCAAGAUGCCUCAGGAUGCAGACUUCGGCAUCCCUCUUCCGGCCGAUCAUCAGGCCUUUGCCCCAGAUACCUUUUACGAGCCGACACGACCCCCUGACGCCAACUCUGUGCCUCCCCCUGUGCCGAUACGGCAGCCGCAUAAUCGUGGGCCGGGUUACGCAGCUUUGCCGGACCAUGGCGAGGAUCUGCGACGACUGCUAGAGGAGUGCACCGCCGCGAGGGAGUCCGCAAGGGUGUUGGCGGAGGCGUUGGUCUUCACUCGACCUGACGAACUGGAACACAAACCUUUGAUUCACGAGUUUUACCGCAAAUGCUUCCUCGCUCAUGAGAGUCUCACCGGCCAAAUCGGAUGGGCGCAAGCGGAGGCGGGUCAAUCGCGUGAGAGAGUCCUUAUCCACGCCCGCAUGGACGGGUCGGACGACCAGGCUCGCGGGUCGACCAUUGAGGAGGACGCCUUGUCAAGCUUGCUGGAUGCUCAUAAUGCCUUGGGAGACGCUCUGAAGCAGCACGACGACCUGGAGCGCAUGGCCAGGGAUGAGAGAGAGAUGAGAGAGGUGAGGGAGAGGAGCAAGAAAGAUACAAGGAUGCAGAGGACGUCAAUGAUGGACGAUAUGCUCAAGCCGGGAACUACUGCAUCAUCUUCGCGAUCUCCAUCGCCUGCACCACAUGCUCGUCUUCCCGCGCCGGACCAUGCUAUGCCUACUGCAUCUCCUCGACGUGGCCCCUCACCAUUACCAGCUCCGAUCCCGGCCGCCAGAUCCCUCGAGAACCGUUCACGAACGCCUUCGCCGGACCGUCUGCCUAGAAUAACCAAUUCGCCUGGUCGCGCCUCCCCUCUUGGCAUGGGUAAAAGUCGAAGACCCUUACCCAAUCCUUUCGCUCGUGAUGGGCUGUCAAGCGUACCUAAUUCGCAACAGGGUCAUUCCAGUCUUCAAGGCCACUCCAGUAAUCCCUCACGGUCAGGGACUGGCAGUACGCAUGACGAUGGGCAGGAUGAUAGCGAGGCACCAAGUCAACCCAGCCGCAAAGCUUUGGGUAAGCGAAGGGCUCAAGCGGCGGACCCAGAUUCCACCUUUGACCCUAAUGACAUGUUCGGCCUAUCGACCACCAAAAAGUCUGCUUCUUCCGCAUCGUCGGAAUCGCUUCUCGCCGACGAGGCUUAUAUCAAGCCGGUGACCUAUGCCUACGAUGCCUAUCAGGAAAAGCUAGAGGCCGAAGCCAUGUCACGCAAGGGGAGUAGCACGGAUCACGCCAUGACUCAACAGCAUAGUGCGAAUGGGGCUGUGUCUGCUGUCAGUCCACAUAUACGACAAAGGCAAGGUUCAGUCGCGUCGGUACAGAGCAGUACACGAUCUGCUCAUCGAAGGAUGGGGAGUGGGGAUGUCUUGGUUAGUCCCGCGAGGAUGGGAUAGUUAUGAACUCCCAAGAGGGAGCGAUGGCACUGAUCUGGGGAGAAGACUUUGUACACGAUGAUCCUGUUUUUAACGAUUGAUGAAAUUUGAUGCUGCAGGCUGUCUGUGAGGAGUACGAUCGGGAGGUAGACAGAAACGGGAGGGUUUGAGCGGGCAUCUACAUAGUUGAUGCAUAUGGCUUGGGCGAUGCAGCGAGAGACCUACAACCCGUCGUGCCGUGCCACCUUUCAUCGCCACGGAUUUUUUCGACGAGACGAGACGUUCCACGCGAAAUGCUGUCUGUCUGU